GACUUGCUGACGCUCACCAUCCUCUUGCUGCCGUGCACGCUCGCUCGUAUCUCAGUAAUGUACGCACACGAGAAGAUGUCAGACAUUGUAGCAGAGCAGUGUCUCAACGUGAUGUUCUCGAAGAGCAGACGGGUCGAGCUCCAGGAAUCAGACGAGCCUUGUAUUAUCUACUGCGUGCUGAGAAAGUUGGGCAUUAUGAACAGUAUUGGGCAGAUUAAUAUUGAUAUUUAUCGGAAACGAGUCCAACAAGCACAUCAACUCGACGGUCAUACAGUAAUAAACGACAAUGGCAGUUCGUGCAUCGAGAGUGCUGAGGCUACACAACACAAACAAGAUGUGUGCAAGAAAGCGAAGGUAUUCAAUGACUGUACGCAUCUCUAUAAAAUACUUUUUAAAUAA